AAGAGGUGGGAAGGGGGUGUGACAUAAAAAAUAAUCUAAAACAACAGAUAUCAGUGUCUAAUCCAUAGAUUUCAAGGUCGCUGAGAUAAAUAGUGAUGCUCUUGAUGCCCUUUAAUUCCUUGUUCAGCCCUGAUAGGAAGGGGGGUUAGAAGGGGUGGGAAGGGAGGGGACAUAAAAAACUGAAAAUGACGGGUAUUAAUGUCUAAUCCAUAGUUUUUGAUGUCGUUGAGAUGAACAGUGACACUUCCAACCAUCUUUUAACACGUUUCCUGCGACAGCCAUAAUGGCUGGAAUGCUGGUACUGCGACAGUAGUAAAACUGCUCUAUCAUCAGUACCAAAUGAGACAACAAAGGGAGAGGUUGUUCAUGCUUGUCUCUCACAAGAUAGACUUUGUUGAGGUGUUACAAUGUUGGCUUCCAACUUUUAUGGAAGUAAAAAAAAAUCUGAUAGAAAUGAAAGCUCCAAUUCUGAAGAAGACACUUCUGAAGAAGACACUUCUGAAGAAGACACUUCUGAAGAAGACACUUCUGAUGAUGAAUAUAUUCAUUCAGCAACAGGAAGCAGUUCAUCAAGUGAAAUCUCUCCAUGAUGAUUCUGAAAAUCAAAUCACUGAAGAAGAGCAAGAAAAUGAGGAAGAAAAUGAGGAAGAAAUUUUGAAUGAAAACACAAGUCCACCAAAUGCUGAGUGGAUAAAAGUGACUAAGAAAGCUCAACAACAUGGAUUUACUGGGAAAGAACUUUGUGUAACUGUGCAUCCAUCGUCUACAGAUAACCAAAUUUGGCCUAUUGAUGUUUACAAACAAAUAAUUACUUCAAGGAAUCUAUUGUCUUAUACUAUACUAGUGGUAUCAUGAAGGAAAAUAACAAACCAGGAAAAACAAGUAUGAAUAUUUCAGGAAAAUCUUCACAUUGUCUCAAAGAAGCAGAAGGACAGAAAAGAAAACAAGGAAACGAUGCAGAGGCUGCUACGAAAUGUUAGCAGCAAAUGAAGGAUCCAAAGUGGCCAAAAUCAAGUCAACAAAGGUUUCCACAUAUUGUGACUCAUGUGAUGGCACUCCAUAUCUAUGUUUAUCAUGUUUCAAUCUCAAACAUAACAAGUGAUAUGAUUUUUCAUUAGCAAAUGGAAUGGAAAACUAAUUUUCUUAUAUACUGAAUGUCAGACAAAUUUUCUUUGCAAUUAUUUCAAUAAAACUUUGUUUUUU